UUCACUUACUCUCACCCCAUUACCAAUUUCAGUGGCACAGCUCCACCACGCCGCCAUCGCUGAGGAGCUGCGUAUCUGCAGUACUAUACUACAAUCGCUAAACCCUAAAGCUCCUACAUCUAUCAGGAAGCUUGAAGUUCUUCGCUUUGUCUUCUGAUCUUCUCAGCUGCAAAAGAGAUGCCUCCAAAAGCUGCUAAAGGCAAAGAAGUUCCGGCUGAACGGCCCAUUCUCGGCCGUUUCUCGUCUCACCUCAAAAUUGGAAUCGUUGGAUUACCAAAUGUGGGAAAGUCCACACUUUUUAACACGCUUACGAAGUUGUCAAUUCCCGCAGAGAACUUCCCGUUUUGCACUAUUGAGCCCAAUGAGGCUCGAGUGAAUGUACCAGAUGAGAGAUUUGAAUGGCUGUGCCAACUGUACAAGCCAAAGAGUGAGGUGUCAGCUUUCCUAGAAAUUCAUGAUAUAGCUGGACUUGUUAGAGGUGCUCAUGAAGGACAAGGACUGGGGAAUAGUUUCUUAUCUCAUAUCCGUGCAGUUGAUGGCAUUUUCCAUGUCUUACGUGCCUUUGAAGAUUCAGAUAUUAUACAUGUUGAUGAUACUGUAGAUCCUGUGAGAGAUUUGGAGGUUAUUAGUGAGGAAUUGAGGCUUAAGGAUAUUGAGUUCAUGGAGAAGAGGAUUGAGGAUCUUGAAAAGAGCAUGAAGAGGAGCAAUGACAAACAAUUGAAAAUAGAACAUGAACUGUGUCUGAAGGUCAAAACAUCUCUUGAUGAGGGUAAAGAUGCCCGUCUGGGGGAAUGGAAAGCUGCUGACAUUGAGAUAUUGAAUACUUUUCAGUUGCUUACUGCAAAACCUGUUGUUUAUUUGGUUAACAUGAAUGAGAAAGAUUAUCAACGGAAAAAGAACAAGUUCCUUCCUAAGAUUCAUGCUUGGGUGCAAGAGCAUGGUGGCGAACUCAUUAUUCCUUUCAGUGCUGCUUUGGAAAGGAGUCUUGCUGAUAUGCCACCUGAUGAAGCUGCAAAGUAUUGUGAGGAGAACAAGGUUCAAAGUGCCCUUCCAAAAAUCAUAAAGACUGGAUUUUCUGCAAUUAAUCUCAUAUAUUUCUUCACAGCUGGGCCAGAUGAGGUUAAAUGCUGGCAAAUUCGCCGCCAGACAAAGGCUCCUCAAGCUGCAGGAGCAAUUCAUACUGAUUUUGAGAGAGGAUUCAUUUGUGCUGAGGUCAUGAAAUUUGAAGAUCUAAAGGAACUUGGUAGUGAGCCUGCUGUUAAGGCUGGUGGAAAGUAUAGGCAGGAGGGAAAGACAUAUGUGGUCCAAGAUGGAGAUGUAAUAUUCUUCAAGUUCAAUGUUUCCGGGGGAGGGAAGAAGUAAGUUCUAUCUGCACUCGUUUACUUAUAAGACAGUACUAUUUUGUUCGUUGAGUGAAGAAGUGAUAUUUGUAUCUUCAACAAGCCUUGAGGCAGCAGAUUCAAUGAUUUAAUACUUUUUGUUCAGUAUUAGCAGUGGAAGCCUUUAGAUAUGUUCCCUACUUUCACACUUCCUCUACUGUUAUGGGGAUUUUUGGGUCUCCUUUGAUUGUUAUACUAACUUGAUAGUGAGAUUUUCGCUAUGAUCUGAA